GUACGAUUUGACAUGUGAUUGCAGCUGUGCGACGAUCAUACAAUACCGGUGCUAGCGGAUUCCGAAGAAGCAGUCUCGUGCUGGUGCGUUUAUACUACCGUCUUUGGCUUGUGCCAUGCCUGUGGUGUGAUCAUCUGACCGGCGUGAGGCGAUGCUCUUGCUUUGAUCAAACAGCAAUGUGUGCCUGGGAGGGCCGAUCCUUGGAGAAUGGGCAGCAUUGGCAGAGAACGAAGAUCGCCGUAGCUUUCCUGCCGCUACGAACACAUGCGCCAUGUGUCGCUUCGAAGCCCUUCACCUCGUUUUGCCAAACGUCGCAAAGCACUUUCCGCGCCUCUCUGAGAGGAGCCUCAAAAAUAUGAUAAAGGCCAGUCGAGCGCGAAAAGACUACGUCGAAUAUGGACAAGGAAGCGCGUGGGAGGUGGCCCAUUGGAUUGUCGAAGAUAUCUGGCUGGCGAUGUCGACCCAGUAUGAGCGGUUUCGCCAAGACUAUGUCCUCCGGAAGCGCUAUGCUGCACAGCGAGAUGCUAACAGGAAGCGCUCCGAGGCCGCAGCUGCGAUGGGGUCGGACUCUGAAUCCGAAGAAGAACCGUUCGCAGAGGAGGAUAUCGACGUGGAGCGGGAAUUGCAUUUGCGCGCGCAGGCGCUCGAUCAGCGGUGCAUGGAACUGUUCUAUGCAGGACACUGGAUGUCGCCCGUGGAACAGGUAGAGCGCUUCGCAUCGGCUUCAAGUGCGCCCCCAAGCGCAUUCGGCAUCACCGGGCCUGUAUAUCAAGAAAGAAGGGAAGGAGGACAUGGCUCGAGCGAGGAAGUUAAACUUCCGCCGUUGCCUCCACCAGGCCGCUUGCUGAACCAGAUGGAGCACCGCUGGUGGAUUUGGGUGGAAGAAACGCUGAAGAACGCAUACACAAACCUGGCGAACCACAUCCAAGCUGUUGGCGCUCCAGAGGAUCGCUUCCAUUGUGGCAACAAUUGGCAAGCAUCAGAUCUCCUUGAGCGGUUGCAAGACCCUGUAUGCUGGGUGUAUCCCAAUGAAAAUGACCCGCCAAAGUCGGUGAUCUGGCAACCACGCGUGCCCACCUCCAUCCUGCAGCUCGGCAACGGAACGCUGCAGAAGAUGGAAAACAUCUGGUACCACGUCAGCGCGCCACUGCGUGAAUGCUACUGCAAUAUUUGUUCGCGAAGCAAGCGUAAACGCGGGGAUGAAGAAGCGGGCAGACAGAGCCCGCAAGGGCCGCGCCCUCAGCAGCAGCGAGAGCCGCAGCAAGAACAAGAGAAGAGCAAAAGAGCAAAUUUGAACGUAUCCCCCUAGGCAAUCUGUAUCAUUACACCAGGCAGCGUCGCCCUGUAGCAUAGUCGCAUCACACACUUUGCAU